GUUUUAGCUUGUCGCCAUUUUGGACUAAGAAACAGAGGGAGUAACAGAAGUUGUAGGUCUCAAACAGCCGCGCGUGUUUUCAGGUACAUAACCUCUUCACUGCGUAGGAAUCGGGGAGGGGGGCAUGUGAUAAGAGGCAAUGGCGAGCCCAGGGAAAGACAACUACAGGAUGAAGAGCUAUAAGAACAAAGCACUGAAUCCUCAGGAGAUGCGUCGAAGGAGAGAAGAGGAAGGAAUCCAGCUACGCAAACAGAAGAGAGAGGAACAGUUGUUCAAGAGGAGAAAUGUCUGCAUACCUUCAGCUGAUGAAUCAAUGCUGGAAUGUCCAAUCCAGGAUCCAGACAUUAGCUCCACAGUGCCCAUCACAGGCGAUGGAGUCAUAACACCUGACAUGAUUCAGAUGAUCUUCUCAGAAGACCCAGACCAGCAGCUAAUUGCUACACAGAAAUUCAGAAAAUUGCUUUCCAAAGAGCCCAACCCGCCCAUCGAUGAGGUCAUUUCCACUCCUGGUGUUGUGACUCGUUUUGUGGAGUUUUUGAAGCGGAGUGAAAACUGUACACUACAGUUUGAAGCAGCCUGGGCACUGACCAACAUCGCCUCUGGUACCUUCUUGCACACCAAGGUUGUGAUUGAAACAGGAGCUGUUCCCAUUUUCAUUGAACUGCUGAACUCUGAGUAUGAGGACGUUCAAGAACAGGCAGUGUGGGCGCUGGGGAACAUAGCAGGAGAUAAUGCUGAGUGCAGAGACUACGUGCUCAACUGUGGCAUUCUCCCAUCUUUACAGCAGUUGCUCGCUAAAUCCAACCGUCUCACAACAACUCGCAAUGCAGUGUGGGCUCUGUCCAACCUAUGCCGGGGGAAAAACCCACCACCAGAUUUUGCCAAGGUGUCCCCUUGCCUCAGCGUUUUGUCCAGGCUUCUGUUCAGCAGUGAUCCAGAUGUGCUGGCUGAUGCUUGCUGGGCUCUGUCCUACCUGUCUGACGGCCCCAAUGAAAAGAUCCAGACGGUCAUUGACUCCGGGGUCUGCCGCAGGCUGGUGGAGCUGCUCAUGCACAGUGACUACAAGGUUGUUUCUCCUGCCUUACGGGCAGUGGGAAACAUUGUAACAGGAGAUGACAUCCAGACCCAGGUAAUCUUGAACUGUUCAGCUCUGCCGUGUUUACUGCACCUCCUCAGCAGUCCUAAGGAGUCCAUCAAGAAGGAGGCGUGCUGGACUGUGUCCAACAUCACAGCAGGAAACAGAGCUCAGAUUCAGAAUGUUAUCGAUGCCAACAUCUUUCCAGUACUCAUUGAGAUCCUUCAGAAGGCCGAAUUCCGCACAAGAAAGGAGGCUGCGUGGGCAAUCACCAAUGCCACCUCUGGGGGGACUCCUGCACAGAUCAAAUAUCUGGUGUCCCUGAAUACCAUAAAGCCCAUGUGUGAUCUGCUGACAGUGAUGGACUCUAAGAUCGUGCAGGUGUCACUGAAUGGUUUAGAGAACAUCCUCAGACUGGGAGAACAGGAAGCCAAACAGAACGGAACCGGCAUAAACCCGUACUGCGCUCUCAUCGAGGAGGCUUAUGGCCUGGACAAGAUUGAGUUUCUGCAGAGCCACGAGAACCAGGAGAUCUACCAGAAGGCCUUCGACCUGAUUGAACACUACUUCGGUGUGGAGGAGGAGGAUGCCAGCCUGGCUCCACAGGUGGAUCAGAAUCAAGGCCAGUUUGUCUUCCAGCAACAGGAAGGACCCAUGGAGGGUUUCCAGCUUUGAUCGCGCCGCACUUCCUCAGUCUAAUCUUCUUGGUCUUUAGACCCCUCAGAGAGAGGAGCCGGCGUUCUUCUCAGACCGCGUCUCUACUGGGCCAGAUCUUCUGCUACGCCUGAGCUUUGUGAAUGUGGAGAUCAGACGUUUGGCUCCUCGAUGCCUUUAGACUGCGGGAUCCUGAAUAGAGCUCAGCUUUACUCGUUUCUGUCCCUCUGGUGAAAUGUCUAUGCCAUCGAAAGCCAACCCGUGUUAACGAAAUAAUUUUUAAAUUUAGCGCUACAUUAAGAUGUUUGGCUUCCUGUGGUGAUUUUUAAAUCAUUCUGAAAGAUGUGAUUGUGUUACAGUUUGAAACUGGUGUCUCCGUGUCAUUUAUCCCUUUCUGAAUGUGAAACUACCUCUUCAGUCUCCAGAGAGAGGAGCGAGAAGCAUAGGGGUUUGUUUUUCCCGUGAUACACAAAUCUGAAAUCCUUAGUGCUCAGGUUCAGGGGUCAGAGGCUCACCUGUAGAACGACACUAUUGUACGCCCAAGUGUUGCCAUGCUUUACGUCUGAAGCAGCUGCACGUGCUCCCUGGGCUCUUUCUCCUCUCCUUUGGAUUGUAAAGGACCUGAAGACUGGAGGGCAGUUAUUUAUUUGUCUUCUGAGUGUUGGAGAACGAAGAGGUCGGAGCUCCUCUUCUCUUCUACACCCCCCACUCUGACUGAAGCCAGCUGCACACAGCUGGCCUGAGUUGGUCUGAAUCCAGUAACAGUGUUAGCUUUUCACUGGGAUGUUUUUGCUGCUUAUUUUAAAUGUUCUUUCAGUUGAUCCACAAAGAUUUAUCAGGACGCAGCCGGUGGUCUCUGUUACAUGAUGCAGUGUGUGCAGAAGUCUUUCUAGUGAAGUGUUCAGCUCUCUGGUGUGCCACUCUGAGCUAGCAGCUAGUCUUAAAUGAUUUCUGCCUGCAGUCCUUAAUGUGAUUCGACUUGUGUGACUUAGAGGGUUUUGUAUAUUAUAUAUACAUGUAAGAAGGUGCAAAGAAAAUAUUAAAUGGGAAUAUGUUAUAUGCAAUCAUUUUCUGCUCGAUAUGCAGUUUAAUUUCCAACAUUUACACUUUAUUUUGCAGUGUUCUGGCUGAGGUCUUCAGAAGGAAGCAGAGUUUUUGCUUCUGCCCCUGAACCACGACAGUUUUGAUACAUGUCAGUUUGACUACAGCAACAUAACUGGUUGAUAACAGAGUCGGUCUAUAUUUAUGUGAAAUAUUUGUAAUGCAGAAAUUACAUCGAGCACAUCCAAUCAUAGUUUUCUAAUACUUGGGUUUGUUUUGGUUGUGUUUCUGUUUUUCCUCUUUGGGAGUUCAUUUGCUGUGUUCUUGUGGCUCUUGUAGAAAUUGUGCGUUGACUCGUCAACAGCCUGUACAGCAGUGUAAGACUGUAAUAUGCAGUCUGUGUGGUUCCUAACGCACCCUGGAUCACGGGACCUGAUCACGUGUGAGGGUGCACACUCAGAUUAUGUUGCAGAACUUAAUAAAUUUAUCAGUUGUAUUAAAAGCA